UGUUUGCGUUGUAAGAUGUCAUGAUGGGGUGUGUUGCAUGAUUCUUAGGUGACGAACAUGCGAAGUGCAACAAAUAAUAGCCAGUAUUGUUGUCAAAAGGUCCAAUGAUGACAGGUGCUAUAGUUCUCUAGUAACAUCUGCAACUAGUAUUUUUGGAGUAAACUGAAAUAUAAUCCAUAUCGAAUGAUGAUGAAUAGUAGGUUUCUGGAAUUUGCUAAAUAACUCAAUUAUGAUCUUGUCUCCUUAUGCUUUUUUCAUUAUUUCUAGGUCACUGCCUCCAAGUCUGAAGUUGCAUAACAUUUUUUAUCUUCUGCACAAAUUGGAUAAAAUUAGUUUUUUUUAAUGGAAUGGCCAAUAUCUGUGGGGGGAAAUUACUCAUGAAAAGAGUCACUGACACUGAACAAGGAACUUAUUUGUUACACUCCUACAGACAGUACAGGAUUUAUCAACAUUUUUAUUUGCAGUUUAUCACAUUUUGUUUUUGCAGGUUAACCUCUGUUGUAGGUUAUUGCCUCAUAUGACCGACAGUCUCCAGAGCGGAAAUAGCCUACUGUAACUGUUCAGAUUGUAUCAUUAGUCCUGUGGACUGUUUGCCAAAGUUGUUCACUAUAAAGGGAACACGGUGCCAUUUGGGAGGUCAUAAUAAUGGAGAACCAGCUGCCCUAUCCCAGCUCGAGGAUCUAGAAGGAUACAGCGAUUCACCACUAAAGGGAGAAAGCCAUGAACGUGCACCAGCACCCUAUCUAGCCAAUUGGAGUGGAAUGAUAGCUGUGCUGGUAGAAACCUUUCUUGAAAUUGACAAAGCAAUGACAGGGAGAAUAUAAUGGCCAAGAACAAGGAGGCACGUCCCCCAACAUAUGCUGUUAGUGUUGUCGGCCUCUCAGGGACAGAGAAGGAGAAGGGCAAUUGUGGCGUGGGCAAGUCCUGUCUAUGCAACAGAUAUGUGUGUUCCAACGCUGACGGCUACUACACUGAGCACACUUCUGUGUUGAGCACAAUUGACUUUGGAGGUCGUGUGGUGAACAAUGAUCACUUCCUCUACUGGGGUGAAGUGCCACACCGAAGCGAUGACGGGCUCGAGUGUAAAAUUCAAAUCAUUGAACAAACAGAGUUCAUUGAUGAUCAGACUUUCUUGCCACAUCGCAGCACAAACCUGCAGCCCUAUAGUAAAAGGGCUGCAGCCUUCAAGCUACAGUCUGCUGAGAAGCUGAUGUACAUUUGCACCGACCAGCUUGGCCUGGAACAGGAUUUUGAUCAGAAGCAGAUGGCCGAUGGGAAACUGAACAUUGACGGUUUUUUAUUGUGCAUAGACGUGAGCAAAGGCUGCAAUAGGAAAUUUGAGGAUCAGAUGAAAUUUGUCAACAGCCUUUAUUCUCAAAUGGUCAAAUCGAAAAAGCCCAUCGUCAUUGCUGCAACUAAAUGUGAUGAGUGCAUGGAGCAGUAUCUAAGGGACCUUCAGGUGUUCGCUGCAAGCAAAAAGAACCUCCUGGUGGUAGAAACGUCAGCUCGAUCGAGAAUCAAUGUAGACCUCUGUUUUAACGCGUUGACCCAGCAGAUGGACAAACCACGAGGCAAACCCAAAAUCAUUCCUUAUUUGGAGGCCUAUAAAGUUCAGCGACAAUUAGUAGCCACAGUGUCCGACAAGUUUGAAAAGAGGAUUGUACAAACCGUCAGAGAUUAUCACAUAAGUUGGAAAACAGUGAGUAACAUGUUGAAAAACCACCCCGACUAUGAGGAAUACAUCAACUUGGAAGGCACCCGAAAAGCUAGAAACACCCUCAACAAGCACAUCGAACAGCUGAAGCAGGAACAUAUCAGGAAAAGGAGGGAAGAAUACUUCUCGAGCCUGCCAAAAAUUCUCAAUAACUUGCUCAACAACUUGGAAGAACUCGAGAACCUGAGCUGGUCGGAGGCUCAAAGUAUCUUGAAGAGCAGGGCUGAGUUUCAUUUCUGGUUUGUGGUGCUGGAGCACACUCCAUGGGAUGAGACGGACCAAAUUGACAAAGUCAACGACAGAAGAGUGCCCUUUGAUCUCCUUAAAACGUUGGAAGGGGAAAAGAUUUAUCAGAACCAUGUCCAGCAUCUGUUCUCAGAGAAAAUGCGGUUAGAAAUGAAGAAUAGAUUCAAGAAGACAUUGGAUAGAGUCCAUUUCAUCAGUCCUGGACAACCCUGGGAAGAGGUCAUGUGUUUUGUCAUGGAGGACGAGGCCUACAAGUAUAUCAGUGAAUCUGAUCACAGGGAUGUUUACAGCCAGCAUCAGCAGGAAAUAGUUGAAAGGGCCAAAGAGGAAUUUCAGGAAAUGCUUUUUGAACACGCAGAGCUGUUUUAUGACCUUGAUUUAAACGCCACCCCAAGCUGUGACAAAAUGAGCGAGAUCCACACUGUGCUCAACGAGGAGCCCAGAUACAGAGCUCUGCAGAAACUGGCCCCUGACAGGGAGUCACUUCUUCUCAAGCACAUCGGGUUCGUCUACCACCCCACGAAGGAGACGUGUCUGAGCGGACAGAGCUGCGUUGACAUGAAUGUCGAGCAGGUACUGGCUAACAGGCUAGUUCAGCUGGACCAUGGUCGCUCUAAUCUCUACUAUAACAGUGCCAACAUUGAUAAAGUCAAUUUGUGUCUCUUGGGAAGGGAGGGUCUCGCACAAGAACUUGCAAAUGAAAUCCGAGCCCAGUCCACAGACGACGAGUACACCCUGGAUGGGAAAAUCUAUGAACUGGAGCUUCUGCCUGUUGAUGUCAAUUCAACGUUGCUCUUUAGUCAUACGUGGGCGUCGACCUUCAAACCUCACGGAAUCUUCUGUGUCUUCAGCUCCAUAGAGUCGCUAAAUUGUAUUGGCGACUGCGUAGGGAGAAUCAGGGCAGAGAUUGCACAGAACAGGAGGGAGAGAUACGCUCCGUCAUUGCCAUUCAUUCUAAUCCUAGCAAACCAGAGAGACAGCGUUUGCAAAAAUAUGCCUAUAUUAAGGCAUCAGGGCCAACAGCUUGCAAAUAAGCUACAGUGCACCUUUGUAGAUAUACCUUCUGCUACCUUUCCACGGAAGUUUAACGAGUUCCAAAUUAAACAGGCUCUCAGAGGAGUAUUAGAAGGGCUAAAGCACAACUUUGAUGUGAUGAGCCCUCUGCCGUCCAUCAAAGACAUGUCAGAGACCGACUUGAGGAUUGUUAUGUGUGCCGUGUGUGGGGAUCCAUUUAGCGUAGACCUCAUCCUCUCACCUUUUCUGGAUUCACAUUCCUGCAGCGCAGGGCAACCUGGCCAAAGUAACACUCUGAUCCUCAACAAAAUCAUCGGUGACAGUCGCAGAAGAAUACAGGUCACAGUCCUCUCCUACCACUCCUCCAUCGGAAUCAGGAAGGACGAGCUCGUCCAUGGAUACAUCUUGGUCUACUCAGCAAAACGCAAGUCCUCCAUGGCGAUGCUCAGAGCAUUCCUGGCAGAGGUCCAAGAUGUCAUCCCUGUUCAAAUGGUGGCCGUCACAGACAGUCAAGCAGACUUCUUUGAGAAUGACCCAAUCAAAGACCUCAUGACUGAAGGAGAGCACAUCGCUACAGAGAUAACCGCCAAAUUCACAGCUCUCUACUCUCUGUCUCAGUACCAUCGUCAGACGGAAGUCUUCACGCCGUUCUUCAACGAGGUGCUAGAGAAGAAGAGCAGCAUCGAGAGUGCCUUCAUGUUUGACAGCUCUCGAGACUGCACGGGUGCGAGUGAAGAUGUCUUCCCUCAGUCUCCCCACAGCCAUUCCCCUGCUUACAGUUACUACCCUGACUCAGAGGACGACACCGAGGCUCCUCCGCCUUACAGCCCCAUCGGGGACGACGUGCAGCUUCUUCCAACACUUAGCGAACGUGGAAAGUGCAGGAUCGAUCUGGAGGGGAACGAGUACCCUGUCCAUAGCACACCUGUCGGUGACCAAGAGCGCAACCACAGAGUUCCUCCCCCGGUUAGACCCAAGCCUAUACUAUCCAAGCCCAACGUCAAGAAGUUGGACCCCAAUCUCCUGAAGACCAUUGAGGCUGGGAUGAGGAGCAACAGACGACAACGCAGCCCCAUGGCCCAAGGUGAAGACGUCGAGGCAUCCGACAAUUACGCAGACCCAGUAGACACUCUCCUGAAAUCAAAGGGCUUUACCGACAACAUCUACGCUGUCCCGGAGGACUCCCACAGCAGGAACCUCAAAAUGCUCAACUCGUUUGAGGGACUUCACGUCUCACACGGGGACGAGGAGAACGGCUUCGACCACAAGGCGCAGGCCAGUAGGAGGCCCACCAAGUAUAAGCACCGCUCCAAAAUACUCUUCAGCAAAACCAAGAUGUACCACAGACGUGUCCACUCCGACGUCAGCGAUGAUGAGUCUGGGCCGGCCAUGCAGAAGAAGAAGAAGGGCAGGGCCCAUCGGGGCAGUGAGGAAGACCCCCUGCUGUCCCCUGCGGACCCCUGGAAGGGAGGGAUAGACAACCCUGCCAUCACCUCCGAUCCAGAGCAGGAUGACAUGAAGAAGAAAAAGAAGAAAACGCCAAAGACAAAGGAACCUAAAAAGCCAAAAUCCAAGCUCACAAAGCCUUUGUACCCUCCCACACGGAGGAAUUGGGAGAGCCACUACUUUGGUGUUCCCCUACAGAAUCUGGUCACCCCGGACCGGCCAAUCCCCUUGUUCAUUGAGAAGUGUGUGGACUACAUUGAACGCACUGGACUUACAACAGAGGGCCUGUAUCGCGUGAGUGGGAACAAGACUGAUCAAGACAAUAUUCAGAAGCAGUUUGAUCAAGACCACAGUAUGGACCUGAUAGUGAUGGAUGUGGCUGUGAAUGCUGUGGCGGGGGCUCUGAAGGCCUUUUUUUCUGACCUACCUGACCCUCUCAUCCCCUACACCCUGCACCCAGAGCUGUUGGAAGCAGCCAAAAUUGUGGACCACAUAGAAAGACUCCAAGUGCUGAAAGAAAUAGUGAGGAAGUUCCCUGCAGUGAACUACGAGGUGUUUAAAUACGUCAUCACUCACCUGAACAGGGUGAGCCAGCAGAGUAAGACCACCUUGAUGACAGCCGACAAUCUAUCCAUCUGCUUCUGGCCCACACUGAUGCGUCCCGACUUUGAGAACAAGGACACCCUCUCCACUACCAAGCUCAACCAGUCUGUCAUCGAGUCCUUCAUCCAGCAGAGCCACUACUUCUUCUACAGCGGAGACAUCCAGGAGAGCUCCAGCACCGAGAGCACCCCACCACCCCACCACUGUCACAGCAUGGUGGAGGCCCUGAGGCCCCUGCAGCUGCCCCCUCCUCUUCAGCCCCAGCAGAUCCAGCACAGUAUGUCCCUGCAGCCUGAACCACUCAUAUAGUCCCAGGUGGGGUAGGGGUAAGGCUGGGCUAGUGGGGGGACAUAGGGUGAUGUGUCCUCCUCUCCCCUCCCUUUGGUGUCCCUGCAGCCUGAACCACUCAUAUAGACCCAGGUGGGGUAGGGGUAAGGCUGGGCUAGUGGGGGGACAUAGGGUGAUGUGUCCUCCUCUCCCCUCCCUUUGGUGUCCCUGCAGCCUGAGCCACUCAUAUAGACCCAGGUGGGGUAGGGGUAAGGCUGGGCUAGUGGGGGGACAUAGGGUGAUGUGUCCUCCUCUCCCCUCCCUUUGGUGUCCCUGCAGCCUGAGCCACUCAUAUAGACCCAGGUGGGGUAGGGGUAAGGCUGGGCUAGUGGGGGGACAUAGGGUGAUGUGUCCUCCUCUCCCCUCCCUUUGGUGUCCCUGCAGCCUGAACCACUCAUAUAGACCCAGGUGGGGUAGGGGUAAGGCUGGGCUAGUGGGGGACAUAGGGUGAUGUGUCCUCCUCUCCCCUCCCUUUGGUGUCCCUGCAGCCUGAACCACUCAUAUAGACCCAGGUGGGGUAGGGGUAAGGCUGGGCUAGUGGGGGGACAUAGGGUGAUGUGUCCUCCUCUCCCCUCCCUUUGGUGUCCCUGCAGCCUGAACCACUCAUAUAGACCCAGGUGGGGUAGGGGUAAGGCUGGGCUAGUGGGGGGACAUAGGGUGAUGUGUCCUCCUCUCCCCUCCCUUUGGUGUCCCUGCAGCCUGAACCACUCAUAUAGACCCAGGUGGGGUAGGGGUAAGGCUGGGCUAGUGGGGGGACAUAGGGUGAUGUGUCCUCCUCUCCCCUCCCUUUGGUGUCCCUGCAGCCUGAACCGCUCAUAUAGACCCAGGUGGGGUAGGGGUAAGGCUGGGCUAGUGGGGGGACAUUGGGUGAUGUGUCCUCCUCUCCCCUCCCUUUGGUGUCCCUGCAGCCUGAACCACUCAUAUAGACCCAGGUGGGGUAGGGGUAAGGCUGGGCUAGUGGGGGACAUAGGGUGAUGUGUCCUCCUCUCCCCUCCCUUUGGUGUCCCUGCAGCCUGAACCACUCAUAUAGACCCAGGUGGGGUAGGGGUAAGGCUGGGCUAGUGGGGGGACAUAGGGUGAUGUGUCCUCCUCUCCCCUCCCUUUGGUGUCCCUGCAGCCUGAACCACUCAUAUAGACCCAGGUGGGGUAGGGGUAAGGCUGGGCUAGUGGGGGGACAUAGGGUGAUGUGUCCUCCUCUCCCCUCCCUUUGGUGUCUCUGCAGCCUGAACCACUCACAUAGACAGACCCAGGUGGGGUAGGGGUAAGGCUGGGCUAGUGGGGUGACAUAGGGUGAUGUGUCCUCCUCUCCCCUCCCUUUGGUGUCCCUGCAGCCUGAACCACUCAUAUAGACCCAGGUGGGGUAGGGGUAAGGCUGGGCUAGUGGGGGGACAUAGGGUGAUGUGUCCUCCUCUCCCCUCCCUUUGGUGUCCCUCUGACUGCAAAACAACAACAUUACUAAAUGAUCAACUUUGUUCUCUGCUCUCCUUUCUGGGCGACUGACUGGAUUCAGGGGUGACUGACUGGAUUCAGGGGUGACUGACUGGAUUCAGGGGCGACUGACUGGAUUCAGGGGCGACUGACUGGAUUCAGGGGCGACUGACUGGAUUCAGGGGCGACUGACUGGAUUCAGGGGCGACUGACUGGAUUCAGGGGCGACUGACUGGAUUCAGGGGCGACUGACUGGAUUCAGGGGCGACUGACUGGAUUCAGGGGCGACUGACUGGAUUCAGGGGCGACUGACUGGAUUCAGGGGCGACUGAAUGGAUUCAGGGGCGACUGAAUGGAUUCAGGGGCGACUGACUGGAUUCAGGGGCGACUGACUGGAUUCAGGGGCGACUGACUGGAUUCAGGGGCGACUGAAUGGAUUCAGGGGCGACUGACUGGAUUCAGGGGGGACUGACUGGAUUCAGGGGCGACUGACUGGAUUCAGGGGCGACUGACUGGAUUCAGGGGCGACUGACUGGAUUCAGGGGCGACUGACUGGAUUCAGGGGCGACUGACUGGAUUCAGGGGCGACUGACUGGAUUCAGGGGCGACUGACUGGAUUCAGGGGUGACUGACUGGAUUCAGGGGUGACUGACUCUCCCCCAGGAACAAAACACAACAUCAAAACAAAUGCAUUUUUCUUCAUUCAGUGCUGUACAGUAAAACACAGUAAUAAAGAUGCUGUAUGCCUCCAGCAGACGGGCAAAAAUGAUUUGCUAAAUUCUACAACACCUUGGAAAAUAUAUUUAUACUAGUUGUGUUUUGCUUUUUAAACCCUUUAUUCAUUCAAGUGAACUUGACGUUAGAUGAGGCAUCAUCUGUUAUGAUACUUCUACCAGCGUAGACAUUAUUUUGCUUGUUUAUUUUUGUAUGAUUUGGCGAUGAUGAUGGAUUCUUGUAUUUUUACCAGUAUGAUUUACAUUUUUAUCUGAACGGUUUGAGGGACAGAAAGACAGUGAAUGUUGGCAGGCUUUGUCUCUACCUGCUCCCAACGCCUCGCACUGUUUGGGAGGGGGGGACUACGUGAAAGACUGAUGCUGUACUGCACCAGACCUGGACAUAAGACAGACAGACUGGCCUCCUAUUGGAGCAGAACUCAUGCAAUUCCUGAAGCUUAUGAAGGAAGCAUCCCACUACUAGAACCCUACUGGCACAUCUCUGUGUUAACUCUGAAAUGAACUCAUUGCAAAGCAGUCUCGGUCUCUCUUGUUUUGUUUCAUUGAUGAAAUGUCUUGGCGGUCUUGAUACUCUCCAAUAAGAGCCCUUUGUUUUCCUCUUUUUGUUCAACUAAAUUUGCAUGUAUUUUUUUGCCUCCAAAAAAUGAACAAUUUUAAAAAAGACUGAAUUUACAACUCAAUAUUAACCGCUUUCAUUCAGAUGAUAUUUUUUUAUCUAACUUGAUUGAGGGAACAUCGAAACAGGGCUGAAAUUGUAUCUAUUGUUCAUUCAUUCUUUUUGCAAUGCAAGUUAACUCUUAAUAUCAUAUUUUGGUUAUCUGAAUAAAUUGUUUCCCUUAAAUAGAGGGGGGAAAAUUAUAUAUAAGUGUAUGUAUAUAUAUAUAUA